CUCUUUUCACUUUUACUAGUGGGUUUCUGAGUUGCCUUGUAUGCUUCUUCUAUCUUUUCGCUUCCGGUUCUGCGCGAAAUUGUAUUCUACUUAUUUAUAAUGGCCAAGCGCACGAAGAAGGUUGGAAUUACUGGUAAAUAUGGAACCCGUUAUGGCGCGUCCCUUAGAAAAAUGGUUAAGAAGAUGGAAAUCACACAACACAGCAAGUACACUUGCUCAUUUUGUGGCAAGGAGGCGAUGAAACGCAGUGUUGUAGGAAUCUGGUCAUGCAAACGUUGCAAAAGGACAGUUGCUGGUGGUGCAUGGGUAUAUUCUACCACAGCUGCCGCUUCAGUAAGAUCAGCAGUGCGGCGAUUACGUGAAGUUAAAGAACAGUAAAUGUAUGUAAUAAAUAUCUUUUGAACAAUU